AUGGAUGGAACUGCUCAAAUAGUUUACCUGCUGUUUGUGCUCGCUGUUUCCGUAGAACGUUUACUGAUUGUCAAGUUUCCUUUUCGAUCAUUAGAUGUCUACAACCCUCGACAAACCUUUUUCAUUUCGAUGGGUAUACUGCUCGGAACGUUUCUUCUAACAAGCUAUCAUCAUGUCUCUCAUACCUGUAUGACUUGGAUGACGUGCUCUGACACUCAGUUGAUAGGCGUUUGUUACUCGAACGCAAUGCCUAUGUGGGGUUCGAGACCUAAUCCCACUGCAGUUUUCACAAGACAAUGGAUUGAGUUGUCAGUGCUUCUAAACGCUGUCUUUGCUGUACUUUUACCUGUGUUUGCAGUGGCGGUACUGAAUAUUUCGCUAAUUCGUCUCCUUAAAAAGAGAAACACGCAGGAAUUACUGGUAAAUUCUGUGAACACGAAUCCGACAGCAGCACAUGAGCAAGAACGGAAAGUGACGACUACCGUGCUGGCCAUCGUCAGUUGUUUUUCUUUAACACAGGGACCGUCAGCACUUAUGUUCAUCUAUCUCCUACUAUAUCCAGUAGCAAGGUAUUUUUUUUUUGAUUAA